AUGGAAGUGUUUUUCGAAUGGUUCAAGAAGUUUAUUAAAUUUUCUGGUGCAAAAAAAGAAACUCCCGUGCUCUUACUAUUUGAUGGACAUGCAUCUCAUACGAAAAACAUCGAUGUAAUAGGUCUGGCUCGAGAUAAUGGCGUUAUUUUAUUAUGUUACCCACCGCACUGUUCGCACAGGCUCCAGCCUCUAGAUGUGGCAUUUAUGAGACCUUUCAGUCUAUACUACGAAGAUGAAGUGCGAAGAUGGUUGCGGUCAAACCCAGCCGAGACAACUAAUAUUCCCAUUGCUGAGACAGAAAUUGCCCCUACUCAAGUAACUCAAGUCGAUGAUUUUCCAGAAAAUAAUUCCUUCAAUGAUCCCUCAACCCCACCUACCAGAGAACUAAAGGAAACUAGCAACGAAACUCAAAAUGGCUCUUUACCCUGGAUGUCUGACACUCCUAUUGCACCAAUAAAAAAAGUGAUCACCUCUAGUUAUCCAGCCGUUUCUCCGGAAGCUUUUAUGCCAGUACCAAAACUAACGACAACCGUUAAGCGAGUGCAGAGAAAGAGAGGCAAAACCACUAUUAUUACAGAGUCACCGUAUAAAGCAGAGUUGACUGAGAAGCAGAAGAGGGAAACAGAAAAGAUGUCUCGACCAAAGAAGCAAAAGAUAAUAGAAGCUAGAGUAAGCUCCGAGGAGGAAGAAGGAGAAGACACAUUAUGUUUAUUCUGUAACGACCAAUAUUCAACAUCAACUGAAUGUUGGAUUUCUUCAUACAGUGUAAAAAGCGGGCUCAUUAAUCUUGUGCGGGAAUAG